AUGGCGGACGCGAAAGCAGACUUCCAGCCCUCCGAUCCUGAGGCAUCCAAUGUACACACGCACACGCAGAACAGCAUCGGCGAAAAAGCCAGCGAUAAGCCCUCAGAAAACUUUGCUCCAGCUCCAGACGGCGGUCUCAAGGCCUGGUCCGUUGCCAUUGGUGGCGCCUGCACCACCUUCGCGACUCUCGGCUUCGCAAAUUCCUUCGGGGUCCUCCAAGAAUACUAUGCGGCGCACCAACUGUCAGCAGAGUCCGCAGACCGCAUUGCCUGGAUUGGAUCACUCUCUGCGUUUCUGCAGUUUGCAGCUGGAACCAUUGCAGGUCCCCUAUUUGACCGAUAUGGCGCUUGGGUCAUCCGCCCCCCAGCAAUCGUCUACGUCUUCGCCCUGAUGAUGACCAGUCUCUGCAAGCAAUACUGGCAGUUCAUGCUGGCGCAAGGCGUCCUCGUCGGGAUUUCCACAGGCCUCCUCCAAUUCCCCGCCAUGGCCGCCGUAACCCAAUACUUCGACAAGAAGCGCGCCGCCGCCCUCGGGCUCACCAUCGCCGGGUCCUCCAUCGGCGGCGUCGUCUUCCCAAUCGCCUUAUCCAAGAUGCUCAACAGCUCCUCGCUAGGGUUCGGCUGGUCCAUGCGCAUCGUCGCAUUCAUCAUGCUCGCUGCAAUGGGCGUCUCCUGCCUCACCGUGACCGCGCGUCUCCCUCCUCGGACAACCGCCUUCUUCAUCCCCGGCGCAUUCAAACAAUCCCUCUUCGUCCUCCUCACAUUCUCCCUCUUCCUCCAGGUCCUAGGCCUCUUCACGCCUCUCUUCUUCAUCCCAACCUACGCCGUAUACCGCGGCAUGAACCCAACCCUAGCCUCCUACCUAAUCGCAAUCACAAACGGCGCAUCCACAUUCGGCCGAAUCAUCCCGGGAAUCCUCGCCGACCGCUUCGGUCGCAUCAACGCCCUAGGCAUCGGCGGGAUUAUAACAGGCUUGAUAAUCUGCUGCAUGAACGAAGCAAAAAGCAACGCCGCGCUGAUCGUGUUCUCUGCCAUCUUCGGGUUCUGGUCCGGCACGGUCAUCUCGGGCGGUAGUGCGGCUCUGACGUCCGUCCCGAAGAAUCCGCAGGAGUUCGGCACGUAUCUGGGUAUGGGAUUGGGGGUUUGUGGGUGUGCGGCGCUUAUUGGACCGCCUGUUAGUGGUGCCCUGGUUGAUCGGUAUGGGGGGUUCUUGCAGCUGUCGCUGUUUAGUGGUAUUGUUUGUAUUGGGGGUGGGGUUGUUGCGCUGUUGUCAAAGGGGGUGACGGAUAAGGGCUUCUUUGGGAGGGUUUAG